UCAAAUAGACAGUACAUUAUAUUGGCAUGAUUAUUUACUCCAUAAACUUCCGUAUAGCUCUGUUCAUGUUGAACAACUUCGACAGCAGGAAAACAUGUUUGAAAUGACCUACAGUAGUGGCCAUAGAAAUAUGCGGGAAACUUGUCAACUUGUACAAUAAGAACAAUUAAAAAAAAUGUUGGCAUUUAAAAUCAGUUUAGUAUAUUUAAUAACAAGUGUCGUGCAAAGUGCUCCGCCAAGUACCGAAAAAGCAUUAAAAAAUAUCGACGGAGAUUUAAAGAAUGUCACAUUUGACAGAUCUCAAUGUAAAGACAGAAUCUGCAUAUAUAAGUGUUGCGGUGAAAAUGAAGUACUAACUAGAAAAAGGUGUAUGCCGACUUCAAAAUUUCGUAUUUUGAAGCAUAAAGUUAAGUAUGUGGACAUCCCAAUUGUCCAAUCGAUAAAUGGGUCUGUGGUGACGAGAUCCAGUAAACGUUUAACAAAAGACUUGGUGCUUAUCCCCAAUCCCACGUUUCCAAAAGGAUUUAAAAACAGGAUGGAUGUGAACGACAGUCAUAUUUAUGAGGAUGGAUCAGCUUCUGUCGUCGUGCAUUCAGAGGAUGGCCAGUUAUUUUAUAAACUUGAACAUCUAGAGUACUGUGUCGAUUAUCAAAUAUUUAGAAAUGAAAGUAACAAAAAGGCUAACGAGAUUGGAUUCUUUCUUUUUGUCCGUAAGGUUGAAAUUGAUAUGACGGAAAUGUACUACACUGCAAUAGGUUGGUUUGACAUUUAAUUUAUUUACUCCUAGGGUUCAGCGCAUGAAAACAAAAAUAGA